UACACGGAGGCCCAUCGCGGCCUGGGCCUCCAGGGCAGUGUGUGCGCGCCAGCAAGCGACCUUGUCAAACCAUGUGAAGAUCCACUCCACGAAGGUUUAUUCCUCGGUGAUGGAGAAGUAUGAAAAAAUCGGGAAAAUUGGUGAAGGAUCCUACGGCGUUGUUUUCAAAUGCAGAAACAGGGACACGGGUCAGGUCGUGGCCAUCAAGAGGUUUCUGGAAUCAGAAGACGACCCUGUCAUAAAGAAAAUCGCCCUUCGAGAGAUCCGCAUGCUCAAGCAACUCAAGCAUCCCAACCUUGUGAACCUGAUCGAAGUCUUCCGGAGGAAGCGGAGGCUGCACCUGGUGUUUGAGUACUGCGACCACACGGUUCUGCACGAGUUGGACAGAUACCAAAGAGGGGUACCAGAGCAUCUCGUGAAGAGCAUAACGUGGCAGACGUUGCAAGCUGUGAACUUUUGCCAUAAACACAAUUGCAUACAUAGAGAUGUGAAGCCAGAAAAUAUCCUCAUCACAAAACAUUCAGUGAUUAAGCUGUGUGACUUUGGAUUUGCUCGACUUUUGACUGGACCAAGUGACUACUACACAGACUACGUGGCUACCAGGUGGUACCGCUCCCCGGAGCUGUUGGUGGGGGACAUGCAGUACGGCCCCCCGGUAGAUGUUUGGGCAAUUGGCUGUGUCUUUGCUGAGCUGCUGUCAGGGGUGCCUCUGUGGCCAGGAAAAUCCGAUGUGGAUCAGCUCUAUCUGAUCAGGAAAACCUUGGGAGAUCUCAUUCCUAGGCACCAGCAGGUAUUUAGCACUAAUCAGUACUUCAGUGGGGUGAAAAUUCCAGACCCUGAAGAUAUGGAACCACUUGAAUUAAAAUUUCCAAACAUCUCUUAUCCUGCCCUGGGGCUCUUGAAGGGCUGUCUUCACAUGAAUCCUGCGGAGAGACUGACGUGUGAACAGCUGUUGCAGCACCCAUAUUUUGACAGCAUCAGAGAAAUAAGGGAUUUGGCAAAGUAUCAUGACAAACCAACAAGGAAGACCCUGAGACAGAACCCAAAGCACCUGCCUGGGGUAAAAACGGGGCACUGCUUUACGGAAGCAUCCAAGUUUCAGAACCUACCUCAGCUGACUAGCAGCAGCAUCCUCCCAGCUUUGGAUAAUAAGAAGUACUACUAUAAUACCAAGAAACUUAACUACCGUUUUCCAAACAUUUAAGGAGCUUGGAGAUUGAUGACAAAAAAGAACUGAUUAAUAACCCCAAGAAAAUAAAACAUACAUUUGAUUGAAGACCAUCACAAUGUUGAGAAAACAUAAGUAACUCACUGGAGGAAGCCACUUGGCAAGAUGUGAAGGGAAAUUCCAGAAGCAAUCUUCCAUGCUUGAUGGUGGUGUCCCGAACAGAAAGGAAAAACUCAUUUUGAUUUCCAUUUGUGUUUUUGUUGUAUCUAAGUAGCUGGACUUAUGGACAGACAUAUAAAUAGUAUCUACUGCCCAUUCCUCUGGCAAAAUUAGUCAUGUAAAAAAGGUUUAUGCUUCGAUUGUACAAUAUGCAACAAGUGAAAAAUG